CCUUUCCUCCAGUGGAUCACGCUGAUAGAUGUUUUAGUGUUGGGAGUGCACUGGUAGCGAGAGAUGGAACAUAAUUGUCACAUAGGGGUUUCCCUUCUAUCAGCUGAGCCUAGGACCCCACCAUCACCCUGCGAUACAAGGUACACAAGAGGCAAAGCCUGCCCAGUUAAAAUAAUUUCCCUUACAUAUGCUGGUGAAAUGUAAAUAUUUUAAACGUCUAUGUUUAUAAAACUGAAGUUAAAGUCGGUCAGUACUGUUUUAGAAUAUUUUAGUUUUGUCCGAACACCCCCGCAAAUCAUGAAACGUGGAUGCUUCCUAAAAUGGCGGCGGUUUCUGUCAGUGAAGAGUGAAACUUUGCUAUUUAUAACAAAAAAUUUGCCGUUUUCUGACAUAUUCUUUCGGUUGCGGUCGUCUGUAAGUAUUAUCGGGACACAUUGACCUUUGACACAGAAAGUCAGGACCAAGCGGCGUUAUUCUGUGAUCCGUUUUUGAUCGCCAAAUCACUAAGCUUCCCUCGAAGUUGACGGCGACCGAGUGCCUGACAUUGCGAUCAUACCGACUGUUGUUGUCAUCACACUGCUAAACGCGGAAACAUCAGGUGAGAUUGGACACUGGCCGUUUGGCUAGCUAGCUUGCCGAACACAGUGCGUCGAAAAUACCUCUGCGGCUUGUUGAGCUGGAUCUGUCAGGCAGGUCGGAGCUCCUGUGGACGUGUCCCCUGGCAGUGGAAAUAAAGAGGUGGUGUUGGAUGUCACCACCAGUCAGUGUCGUGCUAAAUCUGGUUUGCUAGUAUUGUCUAUCGUGGCAAAUCAAAUGGAGAAGCUCCAGGACCUGAGCCAUUCAGAGCUACAAGAGCUCCUGGAUAACCCAGAAAGGGUGGAGUCUAUGGCUCUGGAGUCUGACGAGAUCCAGAACAUACAGCUGGAAAGAGAGAUGGCGCUGGCAUCAAAUCGCAGCCUGGCAGAACAAAACCUGGACAUGAAGCCUCGCCUGGAGUCACAGAAGGACAUACUGGUGGACAGAUACAGUCAGCUGGAGGCCGUGAGAGAAACUUACAGACAACGCUGGUCCAUGAGAGAUGGGAUGGUCGGUCAGGUGUCUCCAGAAGCAUUGUUCUCCAAACUACAGACAGAGGGCAGCAAAAUGGAGGCAGAGUCAGAGGCUUUAGCUGAUGAGUUUCUGGAGGGCUCACUGCCGUUGGACUCAUUCCUUGACCGCUUCCUCUCCCUGCGCUCCCUCGCGCACAAAAGACGAGUGCGGGUAGAGAAACUUCAAGAGAUCUUGCGACAGAGGAGUGAAGGCAAUCCCACAGCCAUGACAUCAUCAGUGGGCAUCAGCCAGGAUCCCACAGCCACACCGUCAUCAUGGAAUCAACAGACAACAACAGCAACGGCCACAAAUCAGCAGCAGCAGCCAAACUCCAAACCUCAGUCAUCCUCGCAGCCAGCUUCCUCAUCUGCAGGGGCCUCCUCCGGGCUCCCCUAUAGCCCAUACCCUGUGUCUCCACCCAAUCCUACUCCAGCAGCAGUGGUGGCAGCAGGCUCCGGCCCAGCCAACCCCCAAUCACAGUUCCCUCCGUACCCAGGUUCCGGCUCACCUUUCACCCCAGCAGUAAGCUACUCCAGCCCCAGGCCUGCUUUUGGGCCUCCGGCUUCUGCCACCUGCCCCUACCCAACACAGCCCUCCUUCCCUGCCCCACACCCAGGCUCAGCGUUUGGCCAGUACACCCCCACCCAGCCCCACAGUGGCCCGGCACCCUACCCAGCUUCCUACAGCUAUGGGGGCUACAGCUACCCAGCUGGGCCUGCCUACUCCAAUUCUCAGUCACCAACAGGGAGACCCAUCUACAGACCAGGAUAUGGAGUUCCACAGCCAUACUCCUGAAAGCACUACUGCUCCUUUUUUCUGAAUUAUUCUUAAUUCUUCCCUUCUUUACUGUUUCACCUGUUCCUCCUUCCCUGACCCUAAGUUUCCUCAGCCUAAUUCCUUUCUUGUCUUUUUACCUUUUACAACUUACCUUCCUCCUUUUUCUCAUGUUCCGAUAUUGUCUGAUUCAAAAGCUCUCUUGCUUUAAUUAUCUUUGUUGCACUAUUUCUCUCUAUCUCUCAAUAUCAGUCUGUUGAUCUCUCUGUCUUUCUCUCUUUCCCUAUUCUCCUCUGUCACCCCACCUACCCAUCACCUUCCCCACACUAGUCUCAGGUUGUUGCGUUGUGUUUGAGUGUUAAAACACUUGUAUCUGGCCCGUCAUGCACUCACUCUCCUCAUCCUCUCCAUCGUUCCGUACUUCAAUCCUCCUGUGUGUGUUGCUAUUUGGCAAUCAGAAUAUCUUUAUAAACACACAAGUGCACUCCCCCUUAUGACAAAUACAUGAAAAAGCUGUCUCUGUAACCCUACAGCUCAUCAGUGUCCAGAAUCUUUGUCAUUCACAUUGUUAUUCACAAGCACAGUCUGCAUUGAGAAAACAACUCUUUAUGAAAGCUUCAGCAGGAAUGAGUACCCUUUAUUUUCUUCAACCAAAGAACCUUGUCAUGAUGACAGUGCUGUGUUUUGUUUCAUUUCAUUAUGGUGGUUUUGAAAAAGGGAGUUAGCUCCAGCUGCGCGACGGCAACUGUGAAAACCUUUUCAUCACGAUAAUAGUAUUGGUCACUGUGGCAUCUUCUGGGUAGCCCUAGCAAGAGUUCUCAAAACUAUUUAACACUAUGUUUGGCAACCAUUGUGUACUGUCCACGCUGCACAAUAGCACUACAACAUGGAAUUAGGCCACUGUUUUUAUUCAAAAUAAAUAGUAAAAGUUUAUAGCUGACUGUUUUUGGACAUUUCAGGGCAAUGGAAAAAUCUGUAUCAAGCUGUAAACUAGGGGUGGAACAGUUCAUGUAAAAAGUCUGUCCUGUUCGGUACGCUUGUCACGGUUUGGGGCACUUAAUAAUAAUAAUAAUAAUAAUAAUAAUAAAAAUACAUUUUAUUUGAUGGUGCCUUUCAAGUCAUCCAAGGUCACCUUACAGAGAAUCAAAUGAAGAAUAAAACAACAAACUUUAAAACCAGACAUCAACUGUAUUGUUUGGUUGGUUCGGUUCAUGACACGCACAACGUAAGCCUUGCCAGUAACCCAGUGAAGUUUUUUAUUUAUUUUUUUCAUUUGGCAUGAGGCAGAGGCAUUACAUUUUUAUAUGUGGGACCUAUGGAAGAUAGAAGCUUUUACUCUGUGCCAAGCUUUCCAACAGUAUGAACACCGGCAGCUAUUGACCUGAGAGAUGCAGGUUGAUUAUAGCAAAGCAGCCAAACUACACAAUAACACAAAUGGUAGAAUACACAAAUUUGUGGACCCAAAAUAUCUCUACAAAGUAAAUAUCUAUUAGCACAGCGGUUGGUCUGUUACAAAUAAAUGAUCCCAUUUUAUGUUGACGUGUGACCUUGAUCUCCCAAAGAGAUUAUUAUUUUUAUUAAUUACUAUUAUUAUUAUUGUUUUUAUUAUCAUUAUUGUUAUCAUCAUCAUUUCACGUGCCACAGGCGGAUUUGAGCAGCAUCAAUAAAGCAGUUUUCUUAGGUGUUUUUCUCUUUUAUCCUGCAGUGUGCUUAUUGAAACAGGCUUUAUAAUGUAUCCUGGGAUAAGUUACACAUUUUAUUGUAGAGUUGGCUUGUUGAAUUUUAGCAUUGUCAGGCAAAUUGGUCCGUUUGAGCAGGAGACGUGCAAAUAAAUCAAUGCGCAUAUUAAAAAAAACUGACGCAGAAACAAAGUAGCACGGGACACAGAAGAUUUUUAGUAAGUUCAUUCACGCCUUCAUCAGUGUGUUUAAAAUAUAUAUUUUGGGAUCUG